CAGCGGAGAUGGCCAAAGGCGUUUCCGGAUCACGUGAGGCCCGAGGGGGGGGGGGGGGUUGGAAAUGUUGUGAUCACGUGACCACCAGCCUUAGCAACGGGAGAGGCUUGCCUAGCAACGAGGCCUACCAGGAAAGACUGGACAGGGAUUGUAGUAGACUUAGAAAGAGUGUUCUUUCCCCUAAAUCUUGGGAGAAACCUUUCCUUUGAAAGAUGGCCAGCCGGCUAUAUGACAGCAUCGAACCCAAUGUCAUCGAUGAAGAAAUGUUGCAGAAAGCAGUGGAGGAGCAAGGACCACAGGAGGAAGCCGGACAAUUGGCUAAGAAGGAAGGCAUCAACUUCAAAGACGUCAAGGAACUGCAGCUGGAUUUCAGAGGUAUCUUGAAAAUUGAUAAUCUCUUCCAGUUCAUAAACCUGACAAAAUUGCAGCUGGACAACAAUAUGAUUGAGAAGAUAGAAGCAUUGGAUAGUCUGAUCUAUCUGGUCUGGCUAGAUCUCUCCUUCAACAAUAUCGAAAUCAUUGAAGGCUUGGAUGCUCUGGUGAAACUGCAGGAUCUUAGUUUGUACAGCAACAGGAUUUCCACAAUCGAGAACAUGGAUACGCUCGAAGAGCUUCAAGUCUUCUCUAUAGGAAACAACAAUAUAGAAGUUCUGGAAAAUAUUAUUUAUCUCCGGAAGUUCAAAAACUUGCGCACGUUGAACCUCGCUAAGAAUCCGGUCUGUGACAAUGACCUUUAUGCCAUGUUUAUUGCCGCUUACCUCCCCGAUCUUGUCUACCUGGAUUUUCGACUGGUAGACGAGAACACGCGUGACAUGGCCUUCAUCAAAUACCAGUAUGCCAUUGAGGAGAUGAAGCAUGGGGAAUAUGUGGCUUUGUCCAAGCAGAAGAUCCAAGAAGCUGCUGAUAAAGAGCUGGCCUACCACAAGUCUGCCUAUGUGGAGUAUCUGAAUGGACCCUUCCUGUUUGACAGCAUGUACGCAGAAGAUCCUGAAGCAAGCAAGCUGGUGUACCUCCCAGGAGUACCAGAACUCCUGGAAAACUACAAGACCAAGUUUGUGGAAGUUUGCGAGGCUCUCUUUGACUACGGCCUGAAGCAGCACGAGAAGCGAGAAGCCGAAGUCGCGCUCUUCUACGAGUGCCUCAACGAAGCCCUGUCUGAAAACCAAGCAGAGGGGACCAAAAUCAUCCGCGACUUCGAAGAGCAGCAUUGUGCGACUCUCGACUUGAUUCAGAACACCAGCGACCCGCAGCUCACGGAGCUGAAACUGGCAGAUUACAACGAAGACAUCUCCAAGCUCUACGAUAUAUUGAUGAGCCUGGAGAUGCAAAUUGUCGACCAGUUAGAGGAAGUUAUAAAAGAUUUCGAAAGAAACAUCUUGGACCUGGUGGCUAUCUUUAUAGAAAAUGAGCAAGGGCUGAUGGCUCAGUGUCGGGAUCUGGAGAACCACCACCACGAGAAGCUGCUAGAAAUAGCCAUCAACACACUGGAGAAAGUGGUGAAAAGCGAGUUCGACGAGGAGAUGCCUGAUGACGUCCGGAUGCUUUUUGUGGAUAAAGACACCAUUGUCAACGCCGUCAACGCCUCUCACGACAUCCACCUCCUCAAGAUCGACAACCGGGAGGACGAGAUUGUGACCAAAUCCAACAGCUGGGCUUCUGUGCUGAUAGAAAGGGUUCACAACGACGAAAUCAACAGGAACCGAAGCCGCGUCCUGGAGAUCAACCAAUACAUUGACCAUCUUCGGAGCGAGCUGGACAACUGGGACAUUUUGGAGCAGUAGUUGGCUUUUGGUACAGAACCAAAAUGUCCAGAUCCUGGCCUUAGCACCCGGGAAGUGAUUCUGCUUGAAUGUCUCCUUCCCACCAAAAACAUCUGUGUUGAUUUACCCCAGAAGGCAGUUCUCCCCCCCCCCCUUCUUCCUGAUGGGCUUUCAGGCAUUUUUUAAAGGAGACUAAUAUAAAAUCAAAUCAGUGCUGUGUGCUUACAAACCACUGGACCUUCAGGACUUUGGUCCUCUCCUUCUUCAAGUUUUAUCCCAUACAAAGACAAUACUGAUAAACAUUUUAAGACAGAGUUGUUUGGUCUUGCCGAGUGCCAGAUAAGAGGAAAGGCGUUGCACUUGAGUACCACUGAACUUUCUGAAAGCAAACCUCAGCUCACAAAUAUUUCAUUGGGUGAAUAAAACCUAUUUUCUAAAUCUUGAAA